UUCCCACGCCGCCGCCGCCGCCGCCGCCGCCGCCCCCUCCCCCUCGAGCUCGGCCCGGGAUCCCACGACCACGACGGCGCCGGCCAUGGCGGCCCAGAAGAUCAACGAGGGGCUGGAGCACGUGGCCAAAGCCGAGAAAUACCUGAAGACUGGUUUUUUGAAAUGGAAGCCAGACUAUGACAGCGCUGCUUCUGAAUAUGGAAAAGCAGCUGUUGCUUUUAAAAAUGCCAAGCAAUUUGAGCAAGCAAAGGAUGCCUGCCUGCGGGAAGCUGUUGCCCAUGAAAACAAUAGAGCUCUUUUUCAUGCUGCCAAGGCUUAUGAGCAAGCUGGCAUGAUGUUGAAGGAGCUGCAGAGACUUCCCGAGGCUGUUCAGCUGAUUGAGAAAGCCAGCAUGAUGUACCUGGAGAACGGUACUCCCGAUACAGCGGCCAUGGCAUUAGAGCGAGCUGGAAAGCUUAUAGAAAACGUCAAUCCAGAAAAGGCUGUACAGUUGUAUCAACAGACAGCUAAUGUCUUUGAAAAUGAGGAACGCCUCCGACAGGCAGUUGAGUUACUGGGAAAAGCCUCAAGACUACUUGUACGAGGACGCAGAUUUGAUGAAGCUGCUGUCUCCAUUCAAAAAGAAAAGAAUAUUUAUAAAGAAAUUGAAAAUUACCCAACGUGUUACAAGAAAACAAUUGCUCAAGUCUUAGUUCAUCUACACAGGAAUGACUAUGUGGCUGCCGAAAGGUGUGUCAGGGAAAGCUACAGCAUACCGGGGUUCAACGGCAGUGAGGACUGCACGGCGCUGGAGCAGCUCCUCGAAGGGUAUGAUCAGCAAGACCAAGAUCAAGUGUCAGAGGUCUGCAACUCGCCCCUCUUCAAAUACAUGGACAACGACUAUGCUAAGCUGGGCUUGAGCUUGGUGGUUCCAGGAGGGGGAAUCAAAAAGAAGUCACCAGCAACACCCCAAGCCAAGCCUGAUGGUGUCAGCAGUACCGCUGUUGAGGAGGAGGAAGACGAAUAUUCUGGAGGACUGUGCUAGUACUUUGCUUGCCGAAGAGAAGGGAGAAAUCCUGACAUACCGAUUUCAUGAACUGGUCAUUUACUUCACUGAAGAUGUGAUGUUGGUAAAGACUGAUCAUUUUUAGUUAUCAUUUUUCCUAAAUCAGCCAUUGUACCUACUGCCUGUGAAGCAUUUUUUUCUUUCCAUUGUAAGAGCGAGAAUUAGCGAAAAAUGUAUUCAUAUUUUAAUACAGUCAAUUUUAAAUUUACAAGCCUAAUUCCAGACAAUAUUCUUAACAAAAAGGACAAUUGAGCAUAGCUAUUCCUUGCUCUUUGGUUUUUGUGUUUUUUUGUUUUUUUCUUGCCAGCCCUGGGGCUUGGACUCAGGGCCUGAGCUCUGUCCCUGGCUUCUUUUUGCUCUAGGCUAGCACUCUACCACUUGCCACAGCACUACU